AUGCAAGGUCUGCAGAACGGGCUGGGAGCCUUCGUUUACAGCGGUGGUCUUUCUUCCCGUCGACAUGGUACUUUAGUGCAAAUUUACUCAACGAAAACAUGUUUUUUUUUCGUAACGCUUGCAGCAUCGAAACCACUGCUGAAGUCGACUCGAGUCGUUGAAAACGUUUCUUGCGUCUAUCGCUCAGUUUUGCGACAACUCGAUAGCUCUCCACGAAGUUUGGACCGCUUUUUGCAGAGUUAGUUUCAGCUCUUCUUAGGAACGCCGAAGUGACCCUAUAGGGGCAACUUCAGGGGUCUUUGAAGGAUUCCUUCUAACCACCUCAUCUCUUCCUAUAGAGGGCGCUGAAUCUCACAAAAGUAGCCAAUUGAGGAGAAAAUGGUAGGGAGGAAUUUAGGGUUGGCGAAUGUUCGUGAGCGUGAAUUGUGCAUACACCAAUCUUAGGGGCUCGAAUAUUUGCAAAUUUGAAUCUCGGUAAACGAUUCUUGGGGCGUGCUCAUUGGAGAAACGGAACAUGCUUCAAAAUUAAAAAGCGUGUUCGCAGUUUACCGUGCUUUUUAAACUGAUACAUGCGCUCUGACCUGCCGUUUCCUUUUUAAGAUGCGCGCUGGCAUGCCGUUUCCCCUCUGACAUUAGGAGUCAUUUUACCGUUCCUACUGGAAUUUUCUACAAACUUGCUCAUACAACCUUUGAUGGACCGAGAAUCCAUCCCACAUAGUCGCUAUCUGCGCAAAAUUUUCGUUUUGGAGAUGUGAAUUUUUAAACUUUUCAUCCUUUAAAGGCAUAGGGGCAGUAAAAAACGGUGUUUCAGUUCAAAUCAGUACUUUGUAGAGCUUUUCAUUGCGAAUCGAACGGUGAUCUUGGAAAUGUACCAAACUUCCUAGUUUUGGAGAAAAAAUAAUUCAAAGUCGGAGAAAGGAAAGUUUGAGUUCCCGCCAAAAGGGGGGUUUUUGCAGUAAAGUUGCUCUACGGACCAUGCGCUUCGCCGUUUUUCGGAUUUUCGCUUUUUUCUUCGCUUCUUUCAAUUUUCAAUUUUUUUUUCUGUUGUCGCCAAAGCUCUUUUCGUCACAAAAGCGUUCUAUUCAUGUAUAAUUUGCAAACUUUAAUCGCAAAAAUGCUUUUUUGGUAAAAAAUGAUGAUUUUACACAGGUUUCGAUUGGGAUAGCGAUUAUUUGUGUUUUCUUUAUUAUCAAUGUGUGUUUUUUGUUUUCUUAAUCAAUUUUUCAAAGUAGAAACCCUUGAUUUGAAGCAGAUAGCCGGUUAUUUCUCACAAAAAGCGAGUCUAAUGAGACGUCCGCAACAUCGCGUGCACAGCUACUGUAAACUGUUGUCUGAGCGCCGAUCCAAAGCAUUUUUCAAAAUUAAAGGCGGGAAAGUAAAAUCGCGUUUUUCUUCUAAAGUUUAAGCUGAGGCUGAUCCCUCUGAGCUCCUUUCUUUGUUCACUUUUCCGAUGAAGACAGUUUAACGAAGAAUUUAUCUCAAACUUGGGUAAUUAAACCAUAUAAAGAAAAUAGAACGAAACAAAAUAUUAAAUUCGACAAUAAAUAUAAAAUUGCGGAAGAAGGGGAAAUGGAAAGUGGCAGCGGGGAAGAGACAGAAAACUGAGGGCGACUGGACGCUGGGGACGGCGCUGCACAGUUCUGAGUCAGCGUCUCUAGAGUGGUACGGGUUGAGGGCUGGCCAGAGGAGGGAAUCCAAUCCAAAAGGUUUGAGACAGGCCAGAGAUGUCGAGGAAACGGUCUUUUUCCUCUUCAAGGAGCGGACCAGAAUAGUUAAUAACGGACGGUCUCUUCUAAUCUUGAAGGGGACCAGCAUCCUCUUGUUAGGCGUCUUUGGCCUGUUUAUGUGAUUAGUUGUGAUUCACAACAAAGUUGUCACAUCUGUAAUUUUUUUGAGUACACCAUUUGAUUCUCAAAGAAAUAAAGGCAUAGGGGCAGUAAAAAACGGAGUUUCAGGUGAAAGCAGUAUCCUGUAUAGUUUUUCUUUGUGAAUCCAACGGUGUACUCAAAAAAAUUACAGAUGUGACUAAUUUUGAAGAAAAACGCGAUUUUACUUUCCCGCCUUUAAUUUUGAAAAAAGCUUUGGAUCGGUGCUCAGACAACUGAUUACAGUAUAGUCUGUUCAGAUUUUGAAUGUCAAGCAGCUAACUCCACCCCCAAGGCUACAAUAUAUUUCGCGUCAAUGUUUUAUAUCCAGAUGACGAUGUCCCUUUAAUGAGGCUGCAUUUUUGACUUCUUUUUCUAUCUUUUAGAUCAAAAAAGAUCAAAACUAGUCCCGCGUGAUAAAACAUCGACGCGAAAAGGUCCCGUCUCAGCAGGGGCGGAGUUAGCUGGUUGACAUUCAAAAUCUGAACAGACUAUAGCUGUGCACUAGAGUUCGCCAAACCGAGAGAUCGAACGAGAGAUCGACCAAUAUUUUUGGCAACAUGUUGCCAAAUUUCGAUUAGUUGAUAUUUUUUUGCAAACGAGAGGUUAACAUAUCUCAUUAUUAUGAUCCUUCGUUUUUUUGACAUGUCAACAUCUCGUUUGGAUGAGAGUUCAUUUGAUUCAAUAUAUCAAAUUUCGAUCUCUCAAAAUGCCAUUUGAAAAGAAUUGGUCGAAAUUUCGAUCUCUCGAAUAUCAUUUUAAAAAUAUUGGUCGAAAUGUUGAUCUCUCAAAAUGUCAUUCCUAAAAUAUUGGUCAAAUUUAUGAUCUCUCGAAUAUCAUUUUUAAAAUAUUGGUUAAAAUUUCGAUCUCUCAAAUAUCAUUUUUAAAAUAUUGGUCGAAAAAAUGAUUGAUCAAAACGCCAUUUUCAAAAUAUUGGUCGAAAUUUCGAUCUCUCGAGUAUCGUUUUGAAAAUAUUGGUCAUUUUUUUGAGAGAUCAAAACGUUAACAUCCAAUGACUGGUCAUUAUUCUGACUGAUCGAAAACCAAUAUAAUAAACGGUCUCUCGAAAAAGACAUGUCAAAAUCAUGUUAAACAGUGACAUGUCAAAAUUUUUGAUUUGUUGAAAUGGUUGAACGGUCGGUUUGGCGAACUCUACUGUGCACGCGAUGUUGCGGACGUCUCAUUAGACUCUCAUUUUGUGAGAAACAACCGGAUAUCUGUUUUAAGCCAAAGGUUUUUUUUUUCCUGAAAAAUAAAUAGGAAAUCAAAAAACACACACCGAUGAUAAAUAAAACACAAAAUAUCGCUAUCCCAAUCGAAAUCUCUCAUAACUCUGCAAAAAAGUUAUCGGCAAAAGGAUUUGAACCCUCGUCAUAGGCUCCGCAGACUACUUCGCUACUGACUGCACCCCGCUCCUAGCUGUUAAAGGAUGAAAACUUUAAAAAUUCAUAUCUCCAAAACGGAAAUUUUGCGCAGAUAGCCACUAUGUGGGAUCGAUUCCCAGUCCAUCAUAGAUUGUUUGAGCAAGUUUGUAGAAAAUUCCAGUGGGAACGGUAAAGUGACUCCCCAUGUGAGCAUCCAGACCUCAAACCUCUAUAGGGACAACCUUAAUUUCAGCUCUCUAGGGACCUUUUUUCCUAAUUCCACCAGGAGCUUGUCUGGCGUUCCUAAGCUCUCCUGUAGUGGUACUUAGGCUCAAGAAAUUGUACUUUGCAGGGAACACGCCAUUGUUAUCCCGAAAAUUGAGUAAGAAGCCUCAGAUUUCUUUUCCACUCGAUAAUGACGUCGUUCUACAGCUUUCGCCGGCCACCGGGCAGUUUGGUUGGUUUUUUCAUUUGAGUUUCACACUUUUAAAAUCUGAAAAAUAUGUUUACCUCCAUUAAGAGCCAUCAAACUCGAAUUUUUUUUCAACCUAGGGCCUGUUUUUUUUUUGGUUCUUUUCUUUUCUUGUUUUAAAACCUUUCUCCUAUUCAGUUGUGCAACAGCGUGGGUUCCGAACCAAACGGGUGGCUACGUACGGAGUUGGUUCGUCGGGCGUUAGCUCCAGAAACAACGACAGGUUUUUUUUUUGUUCGAUUUCAUCGGCGCUAUCCCUUUUCUUUUACUUCUGAAGCUUCUCGUUGGCAAAAAUGUUCGGGGUGAAAAAGGAGCGAAUCACGCAGGAUGAGGAUGUGGAUAAAUGGCAAAAGUACGACCAGGAGUUGAGAAAGGUGCCGGAAGCACAGCGAGAGACGUACACGGUUCGUUCGGAGGCUGAUUGUUGAGAGACUUGCGGAGAGUUCAGGAUGCCUUCAUCAAAGGGCUUCUCGUCUCGAGGGGCGGACAGUCUUCGAAGGAGCCGCGCAAAAUAAGCCUCCUCACUCGAAUUUACAUUGCCGUCGCCGUCUGCAUUCUUUUCGGUUAUGUAACUGGUGGUGAGUGUUUUGUCGAACUCCCUUGCGAAACUACUGAUUUCUUCGCCCCUUUCCUACUUUUGCAAUUGGAUAUGCGAAGAGGGCAUGCAAGAAAGUGCGCACCGUUCAAUUUGUACAGACAAUUUCGCACUCUUUUUAAAUCAGGAAAAUGCGCACGGCUGUCAACUUUUGUAUUUUUGGGGUAAUUGUUGUUGCUUAGACUGAAUAUUAUGAAGCAUUGAAAUUUUUCAAUGUUAAUAUCAGGCCGUUUGAUUGUUAAGAAAUCUACUAAAGCGUUCGAACUUUUUCAAUACAGUAUAUAUUUUUUCGAAUCGUUCAACAUCUGUUCAUGGUGUAAAUCACAAAAUCGCUAUUCGAAAGUUUUUUUUAGCUGACUUGUGCUUCACGAUGCUUCAAGAUUUUCGUUCAGUUAUUUUUUUUUUUGGCCAAACCUGAUAAGGGUUUUUAAAGUUAAGAAUCGUGUAAAGUCUCGGCUCUACGGAGUAGAUUAAAUCGUUUCGUGACGUCAUACUUUUUUGCUCAUUAACUUUCAUGUCGAAGUCUAGAUGGAACUUGUAGUAACCUUUCAAGGUAAACGCAAUUUUUGCGCGCCAAUGGAAAAGUAUGAAACUGACAACCAUACAACUUCGAAGGGAAGUAGACCUCCAAGAGAGCAUGUUGCAAAGCACUAUUCGCUCCGUGUUUCAUUUAGUGAGCAUUAAAUGAGAAGAAAGACUCUAUCAAUUUUCAAAUAAUCUCGAAUUGUUCAUUGGAGCUUUAACUGAAAGCUGUUAUCAUGACGUAACGAAAAGUAAAUAAUUCAUGCAAACCAGAGGUGGAGAAAUGGCGCCCCUAAGCGUUUUCAAACGUUUACAUUUCUAAACCAACGUAGGCCGCCAUGGCUAUUUCUUGAUAAGUCGCUGCCCAGGGCGCCCGGGGCCAGAACCGCGAUGGCAAAAAAACGCCAUUAGAAGAAAAAGAACGCGCAAAAAUUGGAAUCUUCUAAAAUCUUGUAAAAUCGUUGUUUUCGAAGCUUUAGAACAAGGUUUUUUGAAUUUCCAAUUUGGUGGCGACGGAAAUUUAUUCUCUCACUAGUCAGCGGGUUCGUAACCAUAAAUCUGGACCUAAGGAAAAGAACAAAUAUAGUAAAAGAUCUUUGCUCUUGCGAGCUAAAAUCCUUUGCUGGAAGAAACUUCAUUUAAAUGCGGUACGCGGAACAAGGAUUAAAAGCCAGAAUAUCCAUUAAACAUGACCGAAAUAGCAAAGUUAAAAUGGUAGAUGAGAGAAAGAGGACGGCAGCGCGUCCGCGGCCGGAUGGAUCUAGUCUUUUGCUCCGUGUCGCUUGGUUUUAUAGAGGCUGGAUGGCGAAGUCUGAAAGCUUUACAGUUAGAACGUUCGAAAUAACUGCGUAGGAGGUGGUAAGAGAUUGUACAGAAGCGGAGGCUCAGAGAGGAGCCUUCGCUCGAGGCUUUUACCGGUCGCGUCUGGUGAUGCGGCGCGCGGUAUUGAAAACCUUUUAGCGUGGGUGCUUUUAGAUGAUGCUUUGAUAAGGAGCCGAUUUCAACGAAAUCGAAGUUGUUUCUUUGAUCGGUCAAGAUCAUGAGAUUAUUCCUUACAAUAUAACCGUACUUCACAUAAAAAAAUUCAACUGGACAUCAUAUCCACUGAAAAGUUUGAAAAAUUAUUGAAAAAAUUACGAAAUCCACGAUUUAAUGAAAAAGGAACAAAAAUGACCAUUUUCGCCCUACUUUCGCAACGUGGUAUUAUACGCCAUCGACACAUAAUGACGCGGCUCAUUUCUUCUCAGAGGCCUGAUGGCUGAGGCGGGCAUGUUGCGCCCGGGAGGGCCCCUCAUUUCUUCCACCUCUGAUGCAAACAUUAAUUUAGAAAAAAAGCAAAAUUUGACACUCGUGCUCAUUGUCCUGAUGUUAAGAACAGUGCGCACAUUCCUGUACAAAAUUUGAAAAACGAGUGAGCACUUUUCCUUACGUGCGCACGGGAAAAGAGUGUGAUUCUCACAUAGUUGACUACAUCCAAAAUAUUUAAUUUUAAAAAUUAAAGUUUCCCGAAAGAAAAACGAACUUUUUGAACGAACUUUUUUGCAAAUCAAAAAUCUACGUUCAUUUUUUGAACGAACUUUUUGAAAAUUAGAAAUGAACUUUAAUUUUUUGAACGAUCUAUUUACGGACGGAAAAUGCAAACUUUAACAGAGUGACAAUCUUGAAGAGAACAUUCAUUUCAAACUUCAACAAAAAAUUUGGUUUCAACAUUUGUUCGAAAAGUGUUUGGUUUUGAGAACUCUGGUAUGAACCAUGUGCCCUUUUUUGCAUGCCUGUGGGAAGCUAGAUUUUUGAUCAUAUUAUUUUUCGAGUUAUUAAUUUUUCACUCGAGUUCGAGUUCUUCACGUCUUCCGCUCAUCACUGAUAAGACCCUUUCGAUUAUGGACUUUCUGGCAAAAUGUGGAAAGCAGGGAUGUACGAGAUACGAUCUCGUCUCGAGAUUUUUCAUGAUAUCUCGAGACGAAAACUUGUUUCGAUCUCGUCUCGUCUCGAGGUGCAGUAAUUAAUACGAUCUAAUCUCGAGACAUUUCGAGAUGAAAAAAAAGACUGUUUUGAGAUGCAAGUUAAAAAUAAGCCGCCAUAUAUGACGCUCCGGUCGUAACGGAACAUACCAAAAGCGAUAAAAUUCACAGCGCAGUUUUAGAUUUCGCGUAAUAUCUCUCAAUAAAAAUAAGUUUAUGCUCAUUUUUUAGUUUUAGUCUUUUUCAAGAAUUAUUUGGAAUUAAAAAUUUUUUUUUCAUUUCGAAUUGUCUCGAUCUUGUCUCGAGAUGAAAAAAACCUCGUCUCGUGCAUCCCUGGUGGAAAUAUCUGUGAAUGUCAUUCGAUUCAGAGCACAAAAAACCCGUUUUUUCGAUGGCAAUCUUGUAGGAACAGCGCUAGGAUUAUGAAAGUUUUGUUUUUGGGGUUAUUUUGUACUGUCAAUCGAAUGCCUUUCACAGAUUUUUAAUAUCUUCUUUUUUAUUCCGUGUAUUUCCUUCACUCGAAGUGGUAGCUCUCUCAAUCGGCCGAGGCUACCCUAGAGUGUACACGGUGUCCGUGCCCGAUCCCCACCAUCACCGCCGUACCGUACUCGCAAAACUGAGGAAUCUACUUGUGGACGAGCGAGGAGAAGGACCGUAAGACCAUGCUUUCAAUCCAAUCAACUACACGUUUUGACUUCUCUUUCGCCAAAGGCGGUGUUAGUGCCGCUCAAAAGAGCAAUUUUUUCACCGCCUAGUCGAUUCUAUCUGACUUAAACAACCAAUAAAUAUUGAUGAUUGAUUGAUGAUGAUCUUUGCGCAUUUAGCCAGAAUGUUCAAAAUCGAGGGGGUCCUAUCCGUAUCGAACGCAAUUUAUAAGAGCUUUGCUGAAAUGUAAAUUGCGAGGGCCGGCCCGGCUGGCCUGCAACGCAGUCGCGAAGCGGUCAGAAUGGACCCCCUUUUUAAAGUUUUUUGUGUCCAAAUUUUCGUGAAGUGUGUUAAUCGGUUAUUAAGAGCAAAUAUGUGUUAAUUAUCACUAUCAUUUGAUGUGAUUUUGAAUAUCAGAAGGAAAUUUUUUUGAUGUCGACUAGAGUUCUCAAAACCAAACGUUUGAACGAACGUUCAACCAAACAUUUUUCAAACUUUUAUUGAAACCGACCUUUGAUUGAAAUUUCGAAAUUGAACGUUUGAUCGGAACGAACAUUCAUUCAAUGUUUGAAAAAAGUUUGAUCAAAAAAACAAACGUUCGUUUAUUGGUCGGAAAAAGUUUGGUCGAAAAACCAAACGUUUGAUUUCGGUCGGAAAAAGUUUGAUCAAAAAAACAAACGUUCGUUUUCGUUUGAAAAAAAAUUGAUCGAAAAAACGAACGUUCGUUUUCGUUUAAAAAAAGUUUGGUCAAAAUAACAAACGUUUGUUUUUCGGCCAGAAAACGUUUGAUCAUAAUUUGAACGAUUUGGUUGUGACCGUUUUCGAUCAAUGUUUGAAAAUGAAAUUUGUUCGUAAUGUUGAAAACAAACUUUUUCAUGUUUUCAAACUUUCAUUUUUUCAAACUUUUGGUUUUGAGAACUCUAAUGUCGUCCGUUUUCGAGCCAGAGAUGGGCGGAACAGUCGCGUAAAAAAAUUGUAUGAGAGAGUUUUCGAAAGAGGAAAAUUUUUUAAACAACCGGAAAUGUUUGCUGUUUUGGGGAUUUUUUUGAGAUUUGGUAGACUAAUUACAAAUAAUUUUUUAUCAUCUUCCACAUGGGCGUAGUUUCACAAUUAGUUAAUUUUUUUGGUGAAAAACUUUCCCUUUUUAAAAAUUUUGUCUUCUGCGUUUUUUUGCGGAACUGUUCUGCUCACCUCUGUUUUGGCCCGCUUCGACGAACGUGGCACAGCUUUGCUAGAUUGCCUUGGAUAUGUACGCCAAAAGAAGGCUGUGGAAAAUUUGUGGAAUGCAGGCGCAGGCGAUCGUCAAAUCAGCUCGUUGUUUUUCUCCAACACACAAGAGGUGAAGCCCGAAGAUGUGCAGGUGACCUUCGAAGACGUCCGAGGGGUUGGUGCUACUCUGAAUGCAAAGUGCAGUAGGUCGCAACACGAGUUACAUCACGCAUCUUUUCAGUUCAAAAAAUUUCUAUGAAAAAGUAAUUUCCUGUCAUACCAUGACGCACAAGAAAAGACGUCGUGGAUUCUGAUUGGUUAGGGAAAUGCCAUUGCCAGAAGAAAAAAACGAGCGUUUUAAUUUUCUAAUCAUAGUUUUCAGAUGGAUGAAGCCAAGCAAGAAGUCGAGGAGAUCGUCUCAUAUUUGCGAGACCCCGAAAAGUAUUCGAGACUAGGUGGACGACUGCCCAAAGGCGUCUUACUCGUGGGACCGCCGGGUACGGGAAAAACACUACUUGCGAGAGCGAUCGCUGGAGAAGCGCAGGUAUGAUAAAUUGAUCAAUGGCUGAGAAAGGUGCAGUCGCGUUCAAGGUUCCCUUCUUCCAUACGUCUGGCUCUGAGUUUGACGAAGUUUUGGUCGGACAAGGUGCGAGGAGGGUUCGCGACCUUUUCGACAAAGCAAAAGCGAGGUGCGCGAACGAGAAAACGAUGGUAGGACAAAAAAGUUGAUCCGCAAAAAUACGUGGCCGGGAAAAUUUCGUCCACAUAGGCCACUAAAAGUUGAAACCUUAAAAAGUUUUACCAUUAAAAUUUGAAGACGUUUAGAUUUGCCUUUUUUUAACUUCUUUGCUUUUCUAAUCUUUCCUCUUUUUUAUUCUUGAUAGUGAUUCAUUCCCAAGUUAGCGCUACUGUUUUAAGUAGGUUUCAUACAUGGGCAGACCUUUUUUAAACCCCGCAGACCCCUCCUCCCAAGUUUACCUUUUUUUUUAUUUCUCAACUCGUGUCCCGCUUGGGCGCGCCGUAGCGCAACAGGUUGUGUGCCUGUUUACGGUCCACAGGGUUACAAGUUCGAUCCCCGCCCCGACCCAACCAAGGGGUUUAAGAAAUGUUGGUAGUGGGAAACCACGACUUCAAAAUCCCCAGCCGUCACACACAAGGACGGAUAUGUCACUCGAGCCAGUCCACUGAUAUCAGGAUAGGACCUCGGCUAAUCGACUUGGGGCGCCGACGCCGCUCAAGCGGUACAAAGGCGUAGGAAGAAGAGGAAGAAGAAGAAGAACUCGUGUCCCGCUUCCUUAAAAAAAUUUUUUUUCCGUAACCCGUGUUUCUUCUUUCUUUUCCGAAAAUUUCACUUCCGUGCAACCCUGAUUCAGUUCUGCACUUGUCCCUCUAUCGUUUUUAGUCAUUUCAAUCAUUGUCGUUAAUAGGAACUCUCCCUUUUUUUUUUCUCAUAAAUACGAAAAACGCAUUCAAUUGACAGAGUUUCAACUUCAAUGAUUUAUGAGACAAAAAAGUUGGAAAAACAAAAUAAAAAAGAGUUCAAACUCAAAAUAAGGUUUUUAAAUCUUAUCGAAAACUGGGGUGUUUCAACGCAGAAAUAAGAAUUACUACUAUAGGAGACGUUUGAAGAAGACUAAAACAAAUAAAAUACAAAAAUCGGAAACCUUAAAUGCAAGUAAUUUCCAAUAUUGAUGGAAAAAUUUUUAAAGGCUUUCGAUUUCGGUUGCUCCUAGAUUAUGGACGAACUUUUCACGGCUACGUAUUUUUGCGCAUCAAAGUUUUCGUUACCAUGAAAACAAAAAAGCCAAAAUCAAUGAAAGAUUCCGUCUCUGCAUCGUUAAUUCAUUCAUUAGGCAAACAAUGACGCUUCUGUGAAAUUUCGAGUUUUGCAUAGAUUUCCAAGUGAUUGCAGAGCUCCUUGUAUCAUCUUCAUUGACGAAAUUGACUCUGUUGGUUCGAAACGCGUCUCAAACUCGAUUCAUCCCUACGCCAAUCAGACAAUCAAUCAACUUCUGAGGUUUUUUUGUUGUUGCGAGAAGUGAAUAUUUAAUUGAACGGAUUUUGUUAGCGAAAUGGACGGGUUCAACAGGAAUGAGGGGAUAAUUGUCAUCGCAGCGACGAAUCGCGUCGAUGAUUUGGACAAGGUUCGUAGAGGUUGAGGGGAUCUGAUGAAAAUUGAAAAAUUUGCCAAACGGAUUUGGGUUCAAGUUUGAUAGAAAUGUUACAUUUCUCACACACACAAGACCUCAAUUGACUUUUUUUUUUUGAAAAAUCGCGGCCUCGUCUCGAGAUGCAGAAACAAAUCUGAUUUCGUCUCAAGAAAUUUCCGAGUUAAAAAAUAUUUGUGUACGUGGAAGAAAUGAAAAUAUGAAGUUGCGGGAACAUCAAUUCAAAAAUUCAUGAGAAGUUUAAGACUUUGUGUAAUAUCUCUCAAUAAGGAGAAGUAUUCUCAAAAUUUUGCUUUUUGUUUUUUCCAAGGAUUAUUUGGUUCAAAAAAGUAGCAUUUUUUUCAUUUUGAAAUGUCUCGAACUCGUCUUGAGAUAUUUUUUCUUGUCUCGAUGAAAAUAUAAUUUCCCCUGUGCAAAAUUUCGAUCAAAAAAUCUCGUCUCUUGCAUCCCUGGUUCGUAGAGGUUGACGAGAAUUGAAAAGAGUUCGAAAAAAAUUUUUUUAUUUUAUUAUUAACGGAUUCAUUUGCUAGUUUGGUCGAAAUGUUACAUUUCUCACACACUAGAUUUCAAUUUACUUUGUUUUCAAAAAUCGAUAAUCGAUCAUAAGGCGGCUACAACUGAUAUCUGGAAAUUUCGCACAGGAGAAAUUUUAUUUUCAUCAUAGUUUAACGACCACCAACUUUUUUAUUUCUGACCGUGCUUUUUGAAAAUUGAUAAAUUUAAUAUUUUCAGUUGACUCUCAAUUAUUUCAAACCAAAGGUUUUCAGGCACUUUUACGGCCAGGACGGUUUGAUGUGCGAGUGACAGUGCCCAAACCUGAUUUGGCUGGUCGCCAGGACAUCUUCGACUUUUAUCUCUCGAAGAUUGUUCACUCGGAUUGCGUCGACCCCCACGUUUUGGCAAAAGUAGGAAUUCCGGAAAAUUUGCAAGAACCAAUGAGUUUAUUUUAUAUUGGUUUUUUUUAGUCGUUGAUGUGCUCCACUACUUUUUCACAUUUUUUUUUUCAAGGGGUCUACCGGUUUCACUGGGGCCGACAUUGAGAACAUGGUGAAUCAGGCGGCGUUGAAAGCGGCUACCGAGAACGCCAUCGAAGUCACCAUGUCGUAUUUGGAUGAAGCCAGAGAUCGGUACUUGUAGCAUUUUAAAUUUGAAUUGAUUAUGAAGUGAGUUUCAUGAUCUGGCCAAGUUUCAAGCCGUUUGGAUAAGUUUUAAGAAAAAUAUAUUUUUGGACCAUCGUAAAUUGAUAUUUUUUUAAAGUUACAAUUUCGUCCAAAGGGACCCGAAUUCCAAAUGCCUUCUUAUAGUCGUUCAACAUCAAAAAUAAUGGAAAGCGAUAUUCUUGUGACUUCUGGAUCAUUUCGGAGACGGCCAGUGUUUUCUGAGGUCGAGAUUAUUAAAUUAUAGAGUCAUACCCAUUUGGAACCAACUGGAGAGAGAAACUAUCAUUGAAUACGAAAUCGGCAAGUUUCGGAUUAUGCUCACCACAUGGUUCGAAUCAAACACAUCGUUUUUAAAAUCACUAGAUCCUACUAAAAUCUAGAAAAAAAUUCUAACUCAUUAAAGAAAAAAAGAACAAACUUAAAUAUCAAGGGGGGUUAGCACCGUCUAUUCAGACAAUCUUUUUCCUCCAGCCGUUUCCACAGAUCAGCUGUUAGAUUUAUUUGAUUUUUUUAUGAUUUUUUUAUUUAUUUUUUUGUAUUUGUCGUGCAGAGUUCGAAAUUCCGUAUGUUCGAUAGGUUCAAUUGUUCGAUACUUCAUCCAGAGUUUACUCAAGAUUAGUAAUGAUUUUGAGCCAAAAACUGUAAAUUUGAAAAUAUCAAUUUACGGUGGUCCAAAAAUUCUUAAAACUUAUCCAAACGGCUUGAAACUUGGCCAGGGUAUGUACUUUUUUUCAAAGGGGGGUGGGGGGUACGUAAUGAUCACAAAAAAAGUAGUUGGGUAACCCAUGUAUGACACCAAUCUUGGAAAUUAGAAAAAUUUUUAUAUUCGCAAAUUUGAAUCUUGGAAUGCGAUUUUUUUGGAAAUAUUUAUCUCUUUUUUUGAUUUUUUUAUAAUUUUUUUCCGAUUUGUUUGUAAACAUAAAUUAAUGGUGAAUACAAACUGAAGGAAUUAAAAAAAUUGAAAAAUCUUUGAAUAUGUGUAUGCGAGAAAGACGCAUUGUUUGACACAGAAAGAGUGGGAAAAGUUAUAACAUGUUCAUUUGUAGUCGAAACACAACGUUCUCACAAUAACGACAAAAGAAAAAAAAAUCAAAAAGAGGUGAAUAUUUCUAACAAUAGCUUUCCACGAUUCAAAUUUGCAAAGAUUAAAGCUCCCAAGUUUGGUGUGCGCACUAUUCACGCUCACGAAAGUUCGCGGACCCAAAAUUCUUUCCUACCAAAAAAUCAAAACUUUUGUAGGAGAAAUUUUUUUUUUCAUUGGAGAAAAUUUUCGUAAAUCUCUUCCGUACAACCCCGGUGGAGGCCUAAGCCAAAGUGCGCUUCUAACAACAUUUUUUUUUUUUCUUCAUCUUGCUCUUUUUAGUGUUUUGAUGGGCCCGGCGAGGACAGGCGGCCGGAUUCCAGAUGAAGAGGCCAACAAAAACACGGCGUACCAUGAAGCUGGCCACACUCUCGUCUCUUUGUACACAAAAGACGCGGUUCCGCUGCAUAAGGUCCGUUUUUGGGUAUAUGUCAAAAAAGGUGUGAAAAUCAAGCUAAAAAGUGAGCUGUGUUUUUGGAGGCCGAUUGAACUUUUGAUGAAACUUUGCUGGAAUGUAUUAUAGGACCUCUUCUUUCAGGAACACAAAUAGAAUUUUUCGCAAUAGAUCUCGUUUUUGAUUUAUGAAGCUUCGAAGUUUGCACGCUAGAUAAAUGCUGCAAGGCCAGAGAGAAUGUGGGUCGCGUAGGCGCCUUUCAAGUUGGCAGCUUGGUGUAGGGGCCUUUCGAGUCAUUUUAAAGAUAUAUCGUAAACUUUUGAAAAAUGGGAAAGUUUAUUUAUUUUUUUAACGGUCAUUUUUUGAACGUUCGGUUUUGAGAACUCUAGUGAAUAUAAUCGACAUCUCUAAAAGACUAUAUCUUUGAAACCAUGUAUUUUUCAUGAAGGUGCGAAAAAGUAAGAUUUAUCGCGAAAAAAAUUGACGAAUUUCACGCAUUUCGGAAAACCAAGUGAGGAACGCUUCUAAAUUUUUAGUAUGUUAUACAUUGACACAUUCUGGAUUUUAUGAGUGAAAAUAAAAAAAUUCUAGCAAAGCGAAAAAAAAAUCGAAGCUUGUAAAGAAACACCAAACUUUGAAACUAAAAUUUGAAAAAGUUUCAGCGAAAUGGUAUACUUUUUAUUUGAUAUAAUAACUUACAGUGUGCCAAAAAAUGAAGAUAAAUAUUACUACAGCGAAUCAAAUUAUAUCCUCCAGGUGACGAUAAUUCCACGUGGACAAUCUCUGGGGCACACGGCCAUGUUGCCCGACAAGGACAGCUACCAAGUGACCAAGGCUCAGAUGCUUGCCCAGCUCGAUGUCAUGAUGGGCGGUCGCGUCGCCGAGGAAAUAAUCUUUGGCGAGGACAAGGUAUUGUGUUUAGUCUAGUUGUUUGAGUAACUCGCGUAAUAAGCAGUUUUGUAGGCGCGCGAUUGUAGUGGAAUCCUGGAGUAAAAAAAGAAAAAAACCAAGAAUUCAAGUUUUAAUAUAGGUAACCACCGGUGCCGCCGAUGAUUUGAGCAGAGCCACGCAGCUCGCCGUUCAAUUGGUCAAGGUUUUCGGAAUGAGCGACAAAGUCGGCCUGCGUGAUUAUACCGUCACUGAAGACAAAGACUCGCCCAUGAUCAAGGUUUUUUCCUUAUCGCAUCUUGUAGAUUGAAACAAUUCGGCGUAUUAUUUUUUUUUUCAACUCCCUUUUUGAUAUUCUUGCUGGGUCCUUUGAAGAAGCAUGAAGAAGAUUUCGCGCCGAUGAGUCGUUUUUUAAGUAGAACUUAUUGAUUUUUUGUAUGCUCCUCUGUGAAUUCGGAAAUGAAAUUGGAGCAGAAAUGGUAGUUGAAGAAUGCGAAGUUGAAGAUUUAAGUUCAGUUGGGGAAAAAAAAACUAAUAAGAAUAAACAAUUUAGUUUAUAUAGGCUGAGAGAAAAUGUCCUCAAGACUGAAACUUUCCAGAAGAAGGUUUAGAGAUCGUAUAAGGUAAGAAGUAUGAGCGAACAUUUCAAGGGCUUGGAGGUCUUUCCCGAAGGUUCUACAACAUUUUUUUAAAGAAUAGUUGCGGCUUCUAGAAGUGGAUUCAUACAAUUUAUCCACAUGGCAUAACGAGCACUUAAAAGUCUAGAAAAGCAUAAUCUCAUGUUGGCCAGUAGCACUCGUUGGGCUAAUGCUUUAUUUUUUUUUUUUGAAACGAGAGCUCUACGGUUGUUACUGCCGCUGGACUUAAUCUGCGGCUCGAUGCGUGAUUUUCGGGGGUUAUGUGCGGCUGAAAAUUGUUUUUCGCUGCUGCCAAUAGGAGAAAAAUUAGAUCUAACAACUGGCAGUUUCUAAUUCACAGUGACCGUGUUGCAGUUCUAAUAUUAAAUUCAACAACUGGCAGUUCCGAGUUUGAAGCUUCGCACUGACAUUCUUGAGAUGAGUUCUAAUAACUGACAAACCUAAAUCUAAGAUAUCCAAACGGCAUUUCAAUGACUAGAUCCAACAACUGGCCGUCCCACUUUUGGAAUUUUUUCAAAUUACAGUCCUGAGAUUAAAUGUAACAAGCGGCAGUUCGAAAUUUAGAGUUUCAAACUUUCAGUCUUUAUAUUAAACCUAACAACUGGCCGUCCCUAGUUGGAAGCUUUUAGACCUAAGUUCAUAAUUUGAAAAAAGCCCAACAACUGGCAGUCUCAAGUUUUUUUCCGGUGAACGAAAGUUACAUCCGCAGGUGCUACUGGCCAACAUGAGAGUAGAAUGUUCCAGAAAAAGCUGAAUAUUAGCGGAAUUUUCCAACGAUUGGAAAUCUGGUAGGAGGCAGUCUCGUCAAGACUCUGAGCGCUUAACGGUAGAAAAAAUAAUAUUGUUUUCCAGGUUUCCGAUUUGUCGCCACAGACAGCAGAGCUCAUCGACAGCGAAAUCAACCGAGUCCUCAAUGAAAGUUAUAAACGAGCGAAGGAAAUCCUUGUCACUCGUAAGGUAGACUCGCAUUAAACAAAUUUUUCGGCUUUCGAAUUGAAAGCUAAAAUCCCCAGAGGAUUGAUCAGUUCAAGCAUGUUCUUUUGAAAAUUGGCUGCGCGAGACCGCUCUUGCUUCAAAUUUUGUCUACUUUGGCACAGAAAAUUUUUCAUGUCAUCGAAAUAUCAUUACGUUAUUAAAAGAUGGAGACUUUGGUCAUUUUCAAUAUUUGAGAAAGAACACCAACUGCUGGCAGAAGCUCUUCUCGAGUACGAGACGUUGUCGGCCGAUGAAGUGCGGCGAGUGAUUUCGGGGCAAAAAGUGAAGCGUCCGACGCCAGCCGCCGUCAAGAAGAGCAACGAGCAGAAGCGGUAGAGAUUGAAAUUGAUGAAAGGACAUUUUUAUUUUUCAAAUUUUUUUUUGCAGAAACACUGGCCUCGUUCUCCACUUUUUCGAGGAAGAAGCUCGGAACAAGUAG